CGAUAUACCCAGAAUAGAUCUCAGACAUGUUUCAAUGACGGAUGUUGGAUAAGGCGCGGUCGAUACUCUCACCACUCACACUCAACGCAUAGUCCCCUACUCGAAUAUUGCUCAGCUCGUUGCAAAGACAGCGGUCAUGGUACCGACACACUCAACGGCUUCUAUAACCGCAUCGCCAACUAUGGCGGACCCGAAUUCCACUCCGACCGUCGCACCCACUGCCGCCGCUGCACCCAAUUUUCUAUGUCGCGCCCAAACACGAUUUGUGGAUUCGUUCGUCCCCGAUUGUGUCCGCCAAGAAUACCGAAGAAUUAUUACAAGCUUGUUCACGUACAAAUAUGCGUACAUCGCACUUGCUACCACUGUUCUCUUCGCAUCUGCCGAGUAUGAGCAGCCCGGGUACUUUCCGAGACCCCACGAGUUGACCGUCGGAAUGGUCGGCGGUCUAUGUGCAUCUGCACUCUUAUUUUCCACCUACGCUCUGAUGGAGUAUACUAACGAUCACACGUGGUUCUGGAACGAGGAGGGCUUUGUCUGGCCAUGGGUGGGGAUACUCUGGAGCCUUACAGUGUAUAACGAUGAGACGCUGAGCGAUAGUGUGGCUAUGCACAAUGGUAUGAGCACCACGGCUUCUCCCACUGUCGCAUUUACUACCCCAGCGGGCUCGCCGGUUCGACAUGACACCAUUAUCAUCCCGCCUACACCCUUACUACCUCGUGGCCUUCGGCCCGUUCACCUGCCUCCACCGCCGACACAUCACUCUGGAAUCUUGGGCGAAUCGCCAAUGCCAAUCAAGUUUAAGCAUUUCAGCGGACAUUCGGAUUUGGAGGACGUAGAUGAGGAGUAACACCGGAGAGCCAGGAGGUAUCCGCAGAUGUUUGUAACGAGUUUCCAGGAAAUGUCAAGGUGCCGCGAGUGCUUCGAGAGUGUGGAGGUUGAUCAAUGUCAGAGCUUGAAAUAGUUGAACAUAGUCAGG